GGGGACCCACGGCCCAACUUCGCACCGUAACAAAGGCGGGGGUGCUCUCUGCCGUCUGCCAUGCUUUCCAGGUAGGAGAUGCCGGUUGUCCUGGCAGGUGCGUCCGUGCAGCUGGGAAGCAGAAGCCUCGUGUGAAGAUGGAGAGAUAAGACGUCGUCAGGCAGGCCUGUGCGACAGAAAGCCGUGCCCGCCCCGGCCAGGGAGCCCUGGUCCUGGAGAUGGAUCGCAACCGAGAGGCCGAGGUGGAGCUGAGAAGGGGCCCGAGCCCCAGCAGGGCAAGCAGGAGCCCCGAGGCGGACGGAGACAAGGUCAUGAGCCACAGCUGCUGCAUCUGUGGCAAGAGCUUUCCCUUCCAGAGCUCCCUGUCCCAGCACAUGCGCAAGCACACGGGGGAGAAGCCCUACAAAUGUCCCUACUGCGACCACAGGGCUUCCCAGAAGGGCAACCUGAAGAUCCACAUUCGCAGCCACCGCACCGGCACUCUGAUCCAGGGCCACGAGCCGGAGGCUGGUGAGAUGCGCGUGUCCGAGGGCCUGGACGGCUGCACCAGCCCCACCAAGAGCACGUCUGCCUGCAACAGGAUCCUCAACGGGGCCACCCAGGUGGACAACAGCAAGAUCCUGCUGAGGAGCAGCAAGAAGGAGGCCGAGGGGGCUGCCUGCGCCCCAGAGGAGGGCAAGGCUGCAGCCCAGUGUUCCUUCUGCAAGUGCAAGUUUGAACGCAAGAAGGACCUGGAGCAGCACGUGCACCAGGCCCACAAGCCGUUCCGCUGCAGGCUCUGCAGCUACAUGACGCUGAGGGAGGAGUCCCUGCUGAGCCACAUCGAGAAGGACCACAUCACUGCGCAGGUGCCCGGCGGGGCUGAGGCCUACGUGGAGAACGGCAAGCCGGAGCUGACCCCCGGGGAGUUUCCCUGCGAGGUCUGCGGCCAGGCCUUCAGCCAGACCUGGUUCCUGAAGGCUCACAUGAAGAAGCACAGAGGCUCCUUCGACCACGGCUGCCACAUCUGUGGCCGAAGAUUCAAAGAGCCGUGGUUCCUCAAAAACCACAUGAAGGCGCACGGCCCCAAGACUGGGAGCAAGAACAAGCCCAAGAGUGAGCUGGACCCCAUCGCCACCAUCAACAACGUGGUGCAGGAGGAGAUGAUCGUGGCUGGCCUGUCCCUCUACGAAGUCUGCACCAAGUGUGGGAACCUGUUUACAAACCUGGACAGCUUGAACGCGCACAACGCCAUCCACCGCAGGGUGGAAGCCGGCCGGACGCGGGCUCCGGCCGGGGAGGGCGCGGUGCAGGGCAGCCCCCCGGACUCCCAGCAGCUCUUCCUUCAGUGCCUCAACCUGCGGCCUGCGGUGGCCAGCGCGCCCGCCCACGGGCAGGCGGGGCGGCGUGUGGCCGAGCUGGACCCGGUCAACAGCUACCAGGCCUGGCAGCUGGCCACGCGGGGCAAGGUGGCCGAGCCGGCUGAGUACCUCAAGUACGGGGCGUGGGACGAGGCGCUGGCCGGGGACGUGGCCUUCGACAAGGAGCGGCGCGAGUACAUCCUGGUGAGCCAGGAGAAGCGCAAGCGCGAGCCGGAGCCCGGCGCUCAGGGGCCCCCGCGCAAGCGGGCGGGCGCGCCCGGGGACCCCGUGCCUGGACCCCUGGACCCCAGGCCGGCCGCACGGCCCAGCCGCCGCGCUGCCGCCCCUGCUGGCCAUGGCAAGUCCUCCGAGUGCUUCGAGUGCGGCAAGAUCUUCCGCACCUACCACCAGAUGGUGCUGCACUCCCGGGUGCACCGCCGUGCGCGCCGAGACCGUGAUGGCCCCGGGGAUCGGGGGCCCCGUGCGCGCUGUGGCUCGCUCAGCGAGGGCGACUCGGCCUCGCAGCCCAGCAGCCCGGGCUCGGCCUGUGGUGCCGCCGCUGACUCCCCAGGCUCGGGCCUGGCAGACGAGGCUGCGGAGGAGAGUGGAGAGGACAGUGCAGCCGACCCUGUACCAGGGGGAAAGCCACUCCGCUUCUGCUUUUCUGAAGAGGUGGCAUCGACUGUGCUCUCCAAUGGAGACCAGAGUCACGCGCCUGGGAGUAACAUGUCAGCCACAGGCCCCGGGGAGCCCAGAGCGGGGAGCGCAGCUUCCGUGUCCGUGCUCGAAAACAGGAGCCGAGAUGCUUCCAAGAGAGCAGAGCCGCCCAGGUUUUCCGUGGACAUUAAGACGCCUGCAUGUCACCCGAAGCAGGAGGUCUCCAUCUCCAGGGACACCGCAGACUUCCCUUCACAUUCGGUUCAGACUUUUCCGGAAGGAGCAGGCCUGCAGCUCUUGUCCGCGAGCCCGGCUCACCCCCUGAAGGAGAAGCUAUCUGAUUUGCACACAAGGGAGCACGCUGUGGGGGGAAGGAAGGUGCCGGCCCCAGACCUGGUCCCGCUGGACCUCAGUGAGCGGUCGAGCCGGGAUGACCCCAGCCACAAGGAACUGGCCUCGUCCCUGCAGGCUGCACUGGCCGUUCACCCCUGUCCUUACUGCAGCCACAAGACGUACUACCCCGAGGUCCUGUGGAUGCAUAAGCGGAUCUGGCACAGGGUCAGCUGCAACUCCAUGGCCCCCCAGUGGAUUCAGCCCAACGGUUACAAAAGCAUCAGAAACAACUUGGUUUUCCUUGCCCGGAGCGGACGCACGGGCCCCCCUCCUGCCCUCGGGGGCAAAGAGUGCCAGCCUCUGCCCAUCGCUCGGUUCACGCGCACUCAGGUGCCGGGAGGGGCGCCGGGGCCCAAAGGCAGCCCCUCGCCCCUGGGCGUGACCCCGAAAGCCACUAGCGUGCCGAAGAGCAAGGAGAGCCAUUCCGGGGGCCCCUGUGCGCUUUGGGUGGCCGGCCCCGACGGGCCCCGGCAGACCAAACCUGGCCAUGGCCCUGAGCCGCACGGCGGCCCCACGCAGCUGCCCCUGCCGAAGCCCAGGCAGGAGGCCAGCCCCAGACCGGGGCCCGCGGCGGGCGGCGGUGGGUUCAGCCGAAGUGCCACCCCCACGCCCUCCGUCAUUGCCCGGGCAGGCACCCAGCCCCCGACCAGUAGCAGGCCAGGGGACAAGUACGUCACACCUCCGGCGGGGGCCAGCCUCGGCCCCCCAAAUAAGCACAGUGCCCCGGACCCCCUAAAAGCCAAAUUCAGCCCCCAGCCUCAGGGUCAGUCACAGGUGAAAGGCGACGGGGGCCCCCCUCUACCUCCCCGCGAGCCCCCCUCCAAGGCUGGCCCCGAGCUGCGGCCGCUGGCUAGCUGUGGAGCGGGCCCGAGGGGGCACGCAGCCCUGCAGGCCCAGCCCGCCCUGCACGCCAGCAAGCCCGCGUCUGACGGCCACGAGAAGCGGCUGGACAUCCUCAAUAUCUUCAAGACGUACAUUCCAAAGGACUUUGCUUCUCUCUACCAGAGCUGGGGUGCCAACGGUCCUGCACUAGAGCACAGAGGGACGCUCCGGACGCAGGCCCGCCAAGGAGACUUCGUCUGCGUGGAGUGCGGGAAGCGUUUCCACCAGUCCAGCCGCCUCAGGGCCCACACGCGGGCCCACACAGGAAGCUGGUGCGCUCCUGUUCCCACUGUGGCCUUGGAGUCUAAUGACCCCUGGGGCGCUGAAGCCCACAUCACCUCCGCAGAUGCCCCCAAACAAGGGAGAGACCAUUCUAACCCAGAUACCGUCCUGACAGUGCCUCUCAGAAAGGGAACCUAGAGACUCACUUCCAGCGUACCCUGGUGCCCCACGACAGCCGUGCACAGCCCCCUCGUGGACGUCCCAGCAGUGACCCCAGCCACCCCGUGGAAGAGCAGCUGCAGGACUCCCAACUGGACACCUCCGAUCCUGGAGCCCUGUGCUGGAGUGGAGACUGAAGGGAGAUGCUUCUCCUCCUUGUGAAACGUUUCAGAAUAAAUGAAGAUGGUCUACUCUAGAAUCCCAUGUAGAUAUUCUCUAUGCAUCUAUGUGCUCAUCCACCAUAGUCCCCUAUUUUCUUACAAUAAACAGUGGUGUUGGCAGGCACAGGAGAGCACAGGCAUCUGUGUUGUUCGAGACACGUUUGAGACACUGGAGAGAGAUUCUUGUGCGUGUCCGAGAGCCUGAAGAGCCGAGCGCCGUGCGGGAGCCGCCGACGCUCCGGAGGACUGUCGGGUAAUGUCAGGACGCGCGGUGGUGGAGCUGAGGUUGGCAGAGUAUUAAUACCACAGCCUCUCUGUGUCAUAGGGGGUCUUUAAGAUAGUCCGUACGAGAGCGGAAGGAGGUAGCGUCGGGCACUGUGGAAAGCAGGCUCGCUGGCGCGGGGCCGCAGCCAGGUCCUAACUGUCUGGGGUGGCCUUCGGGGGCCGUGGCCAUUUCCCGUUUGCUCUUUCCGUCCUUCCCAUCAUCUGUGCUCAGCGAGCCCACAGAGGAAACACGUCUGUGGGAGUGCUUAUAUUCUGUUUCAGAAAAGAGCUAGUUGAACACUAAGACAAGCAGGCUUCUUUGUUUAUUCUCAGGACCUUUUUGUAACAGGGCUACAUUCUGCAAACUGCUCACCAAGGAAGACUGCCCGUAAAUUCUCUAGCCACCGAACCCUCCUGGUCUAGACCCAUUUUAGUGAUGGUGGGAGAAUCCCUGAGCAGGUCUGGGGGCCCUGGUGCUCUGGAACCCUCUGCUCCCCCUCUCCCCCACUUCCAUCUGUCCCUCCACCAGCCCAGCAAGUGGAUGUCUUUUCUUCUGGGGCCUGGGGACCUCCGCAGGAUGAGUACCUUCAUUCCCAGAGCGUGGAGGUCCCCGGGCCCCUGGGUGGGGGCGGCUUUAUAUACCUCUUCCUCAGUCCCGUAAAUGCAAGUUUUUGUGGUGGGGGUUAAGGCCCAUAACAAAGGAUCUUAAACCGUGCAGUGUACGCAGUUAAAAUUGUAUUCCACAGAUAUAAAUAUUUUCUUUUCCUAUUACCGUGACACUAUGUGUGAUGGUAAUAUUUCUGAGAGUUUCAGAUUUUUGCACAUAUGAUUUUAUGCAUUAUCAAAAGUUACUGCUGCCUUGAAUGAAAAUGUUCUGUGAAAUUUUUUGCAAAAGCUUUACUAGGUUUUUUUUAAUUGUGAAAUUUUGUAAAGGCAGGAAAUGGAUUAAAACGAGCAUGCUAAAUAUAUUUUUCAAAAAAGCAAUAAUUUUACAUGUACAGAAAUUAUCCUAACCUUUAAUACUGGUGAGAGCGACAGUUUACUUAAUACAGUAAUGGAUUAGUGCAGUUUUUUGUAGAAAAUGGGCUUCUGAUACAAAGAUUUGUUUAAACACGUGCGCACGCACACACACACAAACCCUAAAGUGUGGUUUUCCUGUUCUAAUGAUUUGUUGAAUUAUUAUUAUAUUAUUAUUAUUGUUAAUGUUGUUAUUAGUUAAUGUUUGGUUCUGGAUUCUACUUGUUACUGAAUUUAAAUUACUUGAGGUUCCGGUUACGUGGCAACAUUUGCAAACAAUGCGAUGUAACUGACCAGCUUCUCCAUACAUAUGGAUGUGCACACACGUAUGUAUACGUAUGUGUGUGUAUGUGACGUCUUUACUUACUUUUUCCUGAUACUCUUACACCAGAUAUGUACCAGAAUGACCUGUUGUGUCGGUGUAAUUAGGAAUGUCAUGCAGAUUCUAUCGAGCAGCUGUAAUUGACUGUUCUGUAUUUUGAGCAAAGUUGCAGAGACACAUUCCUCUGUUCACCUUAGAAAUCAGAAUGCCUUUCUGUUGACUUACGUUUGAUCAUUUUGAUAGUUUCCCCAAAGUAAUAACUUCCGCAUUUCAUUUUCUGGGCUGAAAGUGAAUAGUGACAGUUCAGGAAUGCAUAGGGGCUACUGAUCUGGUCCUGUCUUUCUCUGUGAUCUAGCGAUUAAAAGCAGUUCUGUACCCAAAGUGACACGGAGGUGUCGUGUCCAUUCUUCCUGUUUCGGAAGCGGCACCCGGGAGCCCCGCCGGCAGUCGGAGCUGCCUGGUGGCAAGAGGGGGGCGCGCUGGGGGUCCCAUGGGCCGAGCGCGCAGCCCAAGUCUGCUUACGGAAGCGUGUGCCGUGCAGAGUGCAGAAGUAGGUUUGCACGUAACUGAGCAGAUGGAGGAGGACCCUCCGAGGACGCCACCCUCCAAGACCUGCCGUUCUUGGGCCUGACUGUGGUUUCUUUCUCCCACUGGCCAUCAGUAUUGUUGGGUUUGUUAAUGCGUUGAUGUCCGUUUGACCAUUGUAUUUAAUAUGAUUUGUGUUUUCUUAUUUAUUUAGCCAAUAUGUUUUGAUUCGCUUUUUUCGAAUGAUAAUGCCCGCACGAUCUCUCCUGUAAGUCAUCUUCUGACUGUUACAGACUCUUUCUGCUACCUCUACCGACCUGCUGUUUCCUCGUUUCUUAACAGGAUUUUUACAGUGUUGGCGUCUAAUGUAACUUAGACAAUAAAGGGUUUGGUUGUCUACACUGCAGCUUCUCCGGGUAUCUCCCCGCCCCACCUGCGCUCCUGGCGCAGCUUCGUUGGUCUGGCUCUCCUCCUCGCCCUCUCCUCCUCCCGGCUCACGUCUCUUCCUCGUUGUCCAAGUCAAAUAACACAGAAAUAAUAGCUUAUAGGAAUCUUUCAGGUUAUUCACUCAUAUUCCUUAAUUUGAAGAAUGAACAUUUAAAUUCUCUGAAAAAUCAGCUGGUAAGCCUCUUCCCUGGGACACACUCAGCCCUUCUGCCACUUUCCUGCCUGCUUUGGGAGGGUCUCUUGGCGUCUCAGAUGGAUACAUUUCACGUUGGUCAAAACACAGUCCAGAUCUUCAAGGCACGUGGAUUUUGCCUUUCCAGUUUUGAAAAGUAUUAAAUGCUUUGAGAGGUCCCUCCGAUACGUACUUAUUUUUGAAACCAAGAAAGACACUGGUUUCCUGAAAUGCACGUGCCCCAGGAAAUUGCUCUGGUUAAUAAUUACACGUGGCCGCAGGGUCAGGUGAAGAUGUGGAGUUUGCCCAGUGUGUCGAGAGCCAUCUUCAGACUUGGCCGCUCUGUCACGGGUUAUGUAACGUUACAGAAACAUCUAGAUAAAGGCACACGCACACAUAGAUUGAGUAAUUGAGCACUGCUUUAGGAUGGAUGUAGUGUUGAGUGCAGCAAGUAAGAGGUGCUGUCUCUCUCGGUGCCUCCCAGGGAGCUGCUCGUUCUUCCCCCUGAGAGAGCGAGAGCGAGUGAGAGCACUCAUAGCCCAUGGGAUGAGUGUCCCCUGUGCCCCUGGAUCACCAAGGGACUACACGUGUCAGUCUGUGUCCAAAAGACACUGCACCUCCUGGAUUCUCGUGGCCAGAGUCCCUUUACCAACACUCCUGCUUUAAAGCAAAAUACGAUCACCCCCCAAACCCCGAGAGGUUUCAGUGAUGUACAAACAAGAGGGACUGUAUUUGUCUAACUUUUCCUUCCCACUUUCUAGACGAAGUAGCAUAUGCUGUUUUACUGCUUUUAACUUUGGUGAGUUCUAAGUGCAGAGCAUUUUGUUCACUGAGAAAAAGAAAAAUCACCGGCCAGGACUCCCAGCGGUGGUGUAAGUGCAUUCCCGGGCCCCCGCACGCCCAUGUCAUGGGACCGAGGGAAGAUGUUCAUUCUUUACCAACUUUGCUAAUUAUACUUCGAGGCAGUAAAAUGCAAAAGACCAUAGAAUUUGUAUUUCUUUUUUUUUUUAAAUACAAUUUAUAACAUUAUAUUUUGUACUCUUUAUAUUAGAAUUUGUAACUAGAUUGAUGUAUUUAACUCUAUUUCUGAAAAAAUAAUUCAAUGUUUCAGUUAUGUGAUAAAAAUAUUUAGAUAAAACAUAUUCAUUCUAUUGGAAUUUGAAAUCAAUAAAAAGAUCUUGGAGUUCUUGAGAUUUGUUAAGAUC